ACGAAAAGGAAGAUUUUCACCCUCCAACUCGCCAUUUCCUUCCCAUGUCUCCUCUGGCCUUCGCUUGUCAAUUGUGAAGGCCUACAUGCAUCAACACAUUAGGUACCUGAAUCUUUCUCUUUUCUAUGCGAGUUGUGUAUAUGAAUUUAUCUUUUCUCAAGUUAAUUUUACCUUCUCAACAAAAUAUUUGUGAGAUGGAAAUUUGCUUUGUGUAAUUAGCAUUGAUGUUGUUUUAUCUUUUGAUUUCAUUAGAUACAUAGAAGGGAAGGAAAGUUGGCACAACAAGAGCAUACAACAGUUUGGUGAAAAUGUCAAAAUCUCUCUUCUCUAAGCUGCGCCAAUCCAUAAAUUCAGAUGUUUCUCCAACUAGAGAAUCAAAUGGAGAGGAAACUCCAGAAAAUGCAAUGGCCACGGUGUCCACCUUCAUCGAGAAGCUGCACGCCAAAGUAUCUUCUCACCAUGAGAAGGAGCUCAUUACUGCACGAGUCCUUGGAAUCGCCAAAGCGCAAAAGGAGGCAAGAACUGUCAUUGGUUCUCAUGCUCAAGCGAUGCCAUUGUUCGUAUCAAUUCUUCGGGAUGGUACUCACGGUGCCAAACUAAAUGUAGCUGCAACGCUGAGUGUUAUGUCCAAAGAUGAUGACUUGCGGGUCAAGGUACUUCUUGGUGGGUGCAUCCCACCUUUGCUCUUGCUUUUGAAAUCAGAAUCACCUGAAGCUAGGAAGGCAGCAGCAGAGUCCAUAUACGAAGUCUCCUCAGGCUGGCCUCCAGAUGAUCACAUUGGCAUGAAGAUUUUCUUGGCAGAGAGCGUGGUACCAACUCUAUGGGACCAACUCGACCCAAAGAACAAACAAGAUAAAGUGGUACAAGGGUAUGUGACGGGAGCACUGAGAAAUCUAUCCAGCAUCAAAGACUCGUGUUGGAGAACAAUACUCGAGGAUGGAGGGGUGAAAAUCAUCAUCAAACUUCUAUCUUCUGAGAAUAGCUUUACACAGUCCAAUGCUGCUUCUCUCUUGGCUAGCUUGAUGCUGAAUUUCAGCGACAUUGUUGUCGAAGCAAUCGAUGCCGGAACAAUUAAAUCUUUGCUUCAACUUUUGGAACAAGAUAACGAUAUCCAUUUGCGUGCCAGUGCUGCUGAGGCCUUGGAGGCUCUAACCAACAAAUCCGAAGAUGCUAGAAAGUGUAUUGUGGAUGCAAACGGUGUAUAUCUUCUUAUUUCCUCUGUGAUUCCUCCAAAAUCAAAAGAGGGUGUACAAGAAGUUGGUUCCAUCCAGGCCCUACAGACCCAUGCUACACGAGCUUUAGAAAAUAUAUACGGAGGGAUGCCCGCUUUGCUACUACAUCUUGGGAAACUCUCACAGUCGCCUCGCCUGUCUGCACCAGUUGCUGACAUACUUGGAGCCCUCGCUUAUGCUUUGAUGAUCUAUGACCACAACUCUGCUACUAAAGACGAUGAAGAACCCUUCGACGCAACAAAGAUAGAGGAUAUAUUGAUCAAACUAUUGAAGCCUCGUGACACCAAGUUGUUCCAAGAGCGUGUUCUCGAAGCAAUGGCUAGCUUGUAUGGUAAUGAACACCUCAAGAAGUGGUUAAACAAUGCAGAUGCGAAGAAAUGCCUCACCUUACUUGUGACAAUGGCUACUACUGAGGAUGGACAUGAAUCCCUAAUAUCCUCCCUAAUCAAGCUAUGCCGUAACAAGAUGGGCAUAUGGGAGUCAAUUGGCAAGAGAGAAGGAAUUCAGAUGCUCAUCUCAUUACUUGGCUUAUCUAGCGAGCAACAUCAGGAGUGUGCAGUCGAGUUGCUGUUAAUCUUGACUGACCAAGUUGAUGAGAGCAAGUGGGCUAUCACAGCUGCCGGUGGGAUUCCUCCAUUGGUACAGUUACUAGAUGUUGGAUCUAAAAAGGCCAAGGAAGACGCAGCUCUCGUCCUUUGGAACCUGUGUUGUCAUAGUGAAGAUAUUCAUGCCUGCAUUGAAAGUGCAGGAGCCAUCCCAGCUUUCAUAUGGCUACUUACAACUGGUACACCAAAAGCUCAAGAGAUAUCCAAUAUGGCUCUUCUAAAGCUCAUUAGAAGUGCUGAUUCUUCCACAAUCAAUCAACUACUACCAAUGCUAGAUGACGAGUCACUAGAUUCGAAGUCUCAUGUCAUCAGGGUUCUAGGCCAUGUUCUCACAUUAGCAUCAGAGAAGGAUAUUGAAAAUUUAGAAUCUCCAGCUAGUAAAGCAGUGAGAUCUCUUGUUCAGGUUCUUACCUCUCCAAAUAGGGAAACACGAGAGUAUGCUGCUUAUAUUCUUGCUGACCUAUUCACCACGAGGCAAGAUAUCUGCCAUAGCUUCUCGACUAAUGAAAUUGUGGAUCCUUGCAAGAAAAUCUUAAACGGGAACAACACCGAAACUGUCGUAAAACAACUGGCUCAAGCAUUAGCCGCAUUGUCUCGCCCAAAGAAGACCAAGUCGAGCAAAAAAACGUCGCAUGUCACACAGAAAGAUGUCAUACCUCUCAUUGAAUUGGCUAAAACUUCUCCCAUGGAGACUGCAGAAUCAGCAGUUGCUGCACUGGCAAGUAUUCUCUCUGACCCCCAUCUCGCUGCUGAAGCUUUAGUGGAAGAUGUCGUUUCAGGUCUGACAAGAGUUCUUGGGGAAGGAAGUUUACAAGGGAAGAAGAGUGCAUCUCAGGCACUUCAUCAAUUACUAAAUCAUUUCCCAAUAAGUGAGGUAAUUAGUGGGAGUGCUCAGUGUCGUUUCGUGGUUUUAUCGGUGCUUGAUUCGCUAAACUCGAUGGAAAAGAGUGGGACAGAUAUGACUGAUGGUUUAGAAGUUGUUUCACUCUUGACAAAGACAAAGCAAGGUGCAGACUUAGAAUACCAACCGUGGGCUGCUCUAGUUGAAGUUCCAUCAAGCUUAGAGCCUCUAGUUUAUUGCUUGGCUAAGGGGUCACCGGUGGUGCAAGAUAAGGCGAUCGAGAUAUUGUCCAGGCUCUGCGGUGAGCAACCUGUUCUGUUGGGCGAUCUGUUGAUUUCCAAGUCGAGUUCGAUUGCUGCUUUAGCCAGCAGAAUAACCAACUCGCCGAGCUCAGAAGUGAGAGUUGGUGGGACUGCUCUACUCAUUUGUGUUGUAAAAGAACACAAACAAAAGACUUUGGAAGAGAUUGAUGCAUCAGGAUACUUGAAGCAGCUCAUAUAUAACUUGGUUAAUAUGAUAAAACACAACUCACGGGUUUCGGGUUUGGAGAUUGAGGUCCAGAGUCCUAGAGGGUUUUAUGAUAGGUCAAUUCGUCAAAAGAGACAGGAGUUUGAUAUGGUGGAUCCAACUACUUUAUUGGGAUGUACUGCUGCACUGUGGUUACUAGCGAUCAUAUCUUCAUUUCGUGCAAAGAACAAGCUCAUUACCAUGGAAGCUGGUGGUCUCGAGGUUCUCUCGAAUAAGCUUUCGUAUUAUACUUCGCGUCCACUGACAGAAGUUGAAGACGGAGAAGGAAUAUGGAUAAGUGCCUUGCUUCUAUCAGUUCUAUUCAAGGAUGCCAAAGUGGUAUUAUCUCCUACAUCAAUCCGGAUUGUACCUUCUCUCGCUUACCUGCUGAGGUCCGACAAAAUGAUUGACAAAUUUUUUGCAUCCCAAGCUCUUGCAAGUCUCGCUUGCAAUGGUACCAAAGGAAUAAGCAUCUCCAUUGCUAACUCUGGCGCCAUUAACGGAUUAAUCCCACUAAUUGGCUAUGAUGAGUCCGAGAUUCCAAAUCUGGCAACUCUAUCAGAAGAGUUCUCUCUUGAGAAAAACCCUGCUCAACUUGCACUAGAGCACCUCUUUGAGGAAGAUGAUGUUCGUGGUGGUGUGUCAACUGCUCACAAAGCUAUCCCUUUGUUGGUGGAUCUCCUGCGUCCCAUUCCCGGUAGACCUGGUGCCCUUCCAAUUGCUGUGGAGCUAUUACAUCGCAUUGCUGAGGGAAGUGACACUAACAAGUUGAUCAUGUCUGAAGCUGGUGCUUUAGAGGCUUUAACCAAGUACAUCUCAUUGAACCCUCGAGACCCGAAUGAGGCUUCUAUAUCUGAGUUGUUAAGGGUACUGUUCAAGAACACAGAUCUCAUACGACACGAAGUGGCACUUAACUGUUUGACCCAUCUCAUUGCCAUCCUUCGCUUUAGUUGUAGAGGUGCUCGAUUUAGUGCUGCACGAGCUCUCCGCGAGCUCUUUAGUGCUGAGAAGAUUAAGAACUGCGAUUUGGCGAGACAAGUUGUUCAGCCCUUGAUCGACAUGGUCAACAUUGCCGAAUCAGAGAGUGAGCAACAAUCUGUUCUUGCCACCUUGAUCAAGCUUACCUCGGGGAGUAAUGCUUCGAAAGCUGCUCUAUUCUUUGACAUCGAUGGUAAUGCACUGGAGACCAUGUACAACAUACUCUCCACUUCUCCAUCCGUGGAGCUUAAAGGAAGUGCUGCACAGGUUUGUUAUGUCCUCUUCAGCAACAAAAAGUUCCGCGAAACCCCCAUUGCUCCCGAGUGCAUUGAACCACUCGUAUCUCUCAUUCAAUCUCCAUCAGUUUCGGCUGCAGAAUCCGCGGUUUGGGCAUUCGAGAGGCUACUCUCCGAUGUCCAGCUCGUGGAGCAUAUUUCAGCGAAUGACACAAUACUGGACCUUCUCAUCAGCCUUGUUUCAGGCACAGAGUAUCGACUCAUCGAGGGAAGUGUAUCUGUGCUAAUAAAGUUGGGAAAAGAUCGAGCUCACCGGAAACAAGAUAUGGUGAGAGCAGGGAUCUUGGACAAAUGUCUUGACCUUCUUCCACACGCGUCAAUGCCUUGCUGCUCUGCCAUCGCCGAGCUUUUCCGGAUACUUACCAACAGUGGCGCCAUAGCGAGGAGUCCAGAAGCUGCAAAAAUAAUUGAACCGCUCUUCGAUCUCUUGCUUCAACCAGAUUUUAGCUUAUGGGGAAAGAAUAGUGCGUUACAGGCGCUUUUGAAUAUCUUGGAGAAGCCACAAUGUCUUACCACAUUAAGACUCCCACCGAGCCAGACAGUUGAGCCACUCAUCUCCUUCCUUGAGUCGCCGACUCGAGAGCUUCAACACGCUGGCACCGACGUUCUCUCCCAUCUCUUAGUACAAGAACACUUCCAGCAAGACAUCACAACGAAGAAUGCAAUCGUCCCGCUGGUAAGGCUUGCCGGAAUUGGGAUCUUGACACUCCAACAAAUAGCAGUGGCGGCGCUCGAAAGAAUCUCAACCAGCUGGCCGAAGGAAGUCGUUGACGCCGGCGGGAUCUACGAGAUCUCCAAAAUUAUAAUCCAGGACGAUCCGGAACCGACUCUCGAGCUAUGGGAAGCGGCAGCCCUAAUUCUCUCGAAUCUUCUUCAGUUCAAUGCCGAGUACUACUACAGAGUCCCUCUGAUUGUUCUCGUUCGAAUGUUACAAUCGACUCUGGAGAGCACGAUUAAGGUCGCGCUCAACGCCUUGCUCGUUCACGAUCGAGCCGAUAAGUCCAGUGCCGAGCAAAUGGUGGAAGCUGGAGUUGUCGACGCGUUGUUGGAUCUGAUGAGAUCUCAUCACUGCGAAGAGCUCUCCGCGAGGUUGCUGGAAGCUUUGUUCAACAAAGCUAGGGUAAGAGAGAUUAAGAUUACCAAGGAUGCGAUUGCGCCGCUAGCGGAGUACCUACUAGAUCCACAAACGACGACGGAGACCUGCAAGCUGUUUGCUGCUCUGGCGCUCGGAGAUCUCUCGCAGCAGGAAGGUCACGCGAGAUCGAGCGAUUCGGUGUCGGCUUGUCGAGCAUUGGUCAGCUUGCUGGAAGAUCACCCGUCGGAGGACCUAACAAUGGUGGCAGUUUGUGCGUUGCAGAAUUUCGUAAUGCAUAGUCGGACAAAUCGACGGACAGUGGCAGAAGCCGGCGGGAUAUUGGUUAUCCAGGAGCUACUGAUAUCUCCUAGCGCUGACGUGGCGGCACAAGCGGCCGUGCUAAUCAGGCUUCUGUUUGCAAAUCACACGCUACAGGAAUUCGUUUCCACUGAGCUCGUCAGAUCUUUGACAGCUGCACUGGAGAGGGAGUUCUUGUCUGCAGCAACUAUGAACAUUCAGAUAUUGAAAUCGAUAAACGUCAUGUUCACCAACUUUGCGAAGCUCCACGUAUCGGAGGCAGCCACGUUAUGCAUCCCUCACCUGGUAACUGCUCUGAAGUCAGACAAUGAGGCGGCGCAGAGGAGUGCAUUGGACACCCUGUGCAUAUUGAAGGAGUCGUGGAUGGCCAUGCCGGUAGACAUAGCCAAGUCUCAGGCGAUGAUUGCUGCUGAAGCGGUACCCAUUCUGCAAAGCCUGUCGAAAUCGUGUCCGCCGGGUACCCAUAAUAGAGCAGAUGCACUGUUGCGUUGCCUGCCUGGAUGCCUGACCGUCACCAUCAGGCGUGGGAACAACUUGAAGCAGGCGAAUGCUUUCUGUCAGUUAACUAUCGGCAAUAGUCCUCAACGGCAAACCAAGGUGGUAAGCAAUAGUACCUCGCCGGAGUGGAAUGAAUCUUUCACAUGGGCAUUUGACAUAGCGCCAAGGGGACAGAAACUCAAUAUUGUAUGCAAAAGCAAGAGCACAUUUGGCAAGACGACGCUAGGAAGAGCAAGCGUCCAAAUCGACAGAGUGGUAACAGAUGGAAUGUACAAUGGAGCAGUGCCCCUCACUAACGAAGGCACCAAAGAUGAUACUUCCAAAACAGUUGAAAUUGAGAUUGUUUGGGCCAACAACGUAUCAAAUUAACGACCGCCAUAGCUACGAGGGGGAGACAGCGGCCUAAGUAAUGUGUGCAGAUGAUGUGCAGAUGUAUUCAGUACUUUGUAAAAUGCAGCUUAGAAUCAAUCGGUACAUAUUGUAAAGUAUAGCUUUUUACUCUUGUGCACGAGUGGGCUGGGCAAGUCAAGAAGAGAUCUUGACAGCGGUGUGAAGUAAUGUAAAUAAAUACUUACCUGUACAGCCUCUACGUUAACUAGAGGAGAAAGAAACCUGAACUGAUUUU